AUGUCGGAGACUUCUGACUUCAAACCGCUGCUACCGCAGAGCGUGGGCUAUGGCGUCGUUAUCGGCGUCGGGUUCUUCUUCGCAGCGCUUAUGCUCUGUUUGACCUUCCUACAAUCACGCUUCUCCGGCAUCUCGCCGUCAAAGGCCGAGGAGUUCAGUACCGCAUCAAGAAGUGUGAAGCCCGGUCUUGUCUGUUGUGGCAUUGUGAGCGCGUGGACCUGGUCCGCAACCCUUCUGCAAUCGAGUACUGCCGCGUACUCGUUCGGCGUGAGCGGCCCAUGGUGGUACGGAGUCGGCGGUACGAUCCAACUCGCCAUGUUCGGCAUGUGCGCUGCAAAGGUCAAGAUGAACGCGAACGGCGCGCAUACGUUCUUAGAGAUCGUCAAAGCACGUUUUGGGACCGGCGCACACUUGCUAUUCACCUUCUACGCCUUCGUCUGUGUCAUGAUCGUCAGCGGUUCCCUUCUACUGGGCGGCGCAGCUACCGUGAACGCCCUCACGGGCAUGAACGUCGACGCAGCAUGCAUGCUCCUCCCAAUCGGAAUCGCCGUCUACGUCGUCUUCGGCGGUCUCCGCGCGACAUUCGUGUGCGAUUGGUCGCACACCUGCAUCCUCUUCAUCAUCAUCUACCUCUUCAUCUUCAAGGCUUAUACCACCUCGGACCAGCUGGGCUCUAUCAGCAAGAUGUACGAUCUCUUGCAGAAGGCUGCUGUUGUGACGCCUGUAGAUGGGAAUCAAAACGGGAGCUAUCUGACCAUGAAGUCUAACCAAGGCUUGGUCUUUGGCGCGGCUACUAUCCUGAGUGGCUUUUCGGGCGUGUUCUGCGAUCAGGGUUACUGGCAACGCGCCAUCGCAAGCGCCCCGGAGACGACGACGAAGGCCUACAUGCUGGGCGGCCUCUCGUGGUUCUCCGUCCCAUGGGCAUUCGCAUCUUGCAUGGGUCUAGCUGCACGCGCUCUCCUCACGAACCCGAACUUUCCUACAUACCCCAACCCAUUGUCAGCCUCCCAAGCCAGCGCAGGUCUCGCUGCACCAGCUGCGGCCGCUACGAUGAUGGGCACUGGAGGUGCUGUUGCCGUAUUGCUCGUCGUCUUCAUGGCCGUCACGUCGGCUGCGAGCGCGGAGCUUAUUGCUGUUUCGAGUAUCUUUACAUACGACAUCUACAAGACGUAUUUCCGACCGAAGGCGACGGGACGCGAGUUGGUGAACGUCUCACACAUCGUCAUCUGCGUCUGGGCGAUCUGGAUCGGUAUCUGGGCAAUCAUCCUCAACAAAGCCGGCAUCGACCUCGGCUGGCUAUUCUACGUGCAAGGCGUCUUGCUCUCUCCGGCCGUCAUACCCAUCGCCCUCACGAUCUGCUGGAGCAAACUCACAACUGCGGGUGUCCUCUGUGGCUCGAUUGCAGGCGCGAUCCUGGGGAUGUUGGCGUGGAUGAUUGGGUGCUGGAAGAUAUAUGGCGCUAUCAACGUGCCGAACCUUGCUGAGCCGUACUCGGCUGUAUGCUCUGGUCUUACGGGGUUGCUGUUCUCUGGUCUCAUCACUGUCGGUGUGACCCUCAUUCGCCCGGACAACUACGACUUCCAAGGAACACGCAACAUCGCCAUCACGAAAGAAGACGACGGCGCCGAAUGGGAAUCGCAGUCCCGAUCGUCGCGCGGAGAUCCAGAAGCGCAAGACGCGGAGAAGGCUACUUCGCCGACUGAGAGCGAGAAAGUCAGCCUCGAUGACAGGGAGAGCGCCGACCGUGGGCGUAAAGGUGAUGACAAGGAGAAAGUGCAGACAACUGUCGUACCUGCACCUCCGGAUGCGGAUCCGAAGCAGGGGAUGGUGUAUAGUGACAAGGACCCGGAGAUGCGUAGGGCGAUGGAGGCCGUGUUCAAGCGGUCGUUGGUGUAUUCGGCGAUACUGACCUCUAUCGUCGUGAUCAUCGUUCCUAUUCCGAUGUUCUUCUCCCACUAUGUCUUCAGCGUAGGGUUCUACAAGUUCUGGGUGGCGUGUACCAUCAUCUGGGCUUUUGCAGCAGGAACCUUCUGCAUCCUGCUACCGCUAUACGAGUCUCGCGCCGAGAUGUGGAUAAUCGCGAACGGGGCGUAUCGACACUUCUUCCCGAGUAAAGCAUAG